AUGGGAAUUGCAUUGAGGGGACUUUUCAUCAUUGACAAGGAAGGAAUUACUCAGCACUCGACCAUUAGCAAUCUUGCAAUUGGCCGCAGUGUUGAUGAGACAAUGAGAACACUUCAGGCAUUGCAAUAUGUACAAGAGAACCCAGAUGAGGUAUGUCCAGCUGGAUGGAAGCCUGGAGAGAAGUCCAUGAAACCAGAUCCUAAGCUCAGCAAGGAAUACUUUUCGGCAAUAUGA